AUGCUUACCACGAAUCUCCUGGCAAGCUCCCAGGUCGGGCUGCCUCGGGUUCCUGUCGCAGCUGCCACUUCCCGUUUACGAUCAAGCAAAAUAAUACGACCAAGAGUUCGAAGUCAGCAAUCACGAGCUUUCAAAUUUGGCCCAUGGUCGUCCUACCUGGACCCUACCUACCAAAAAGAGUUGAAGCAUCGAAAUCGACUGGCGGCACACAAAUAUAUGGAAGCUUUGAAUCGAAAGUUACUAUGGGAUGAAAGACGACUUCCAAAUUAUGGGAAGCACUUCGGGCUUAAAAGUUUCAUGUGCAGUGCGUGGAAUCAUCGAAACCCGCAGCCUCAUGCUAGAUGGGCGAAUCUCGACAUCAACGGAUUCGACGGUGAGCCCCCCAGCGCACCCGAACGAGGCAUUGAAGAUGUUGAGCAGAGCGCCCUUGACCAUCUCCUAAAUUCCAAGAAUUUUCCAAACGCAGCAGAUAAUGAUACGUUGAAUUCUUCUAAUUCUCGUCGACGAAUCUACAAUCUAAACCAUGCAAGACAGGAAGUGACAAAAUCCGAUAGGUCCAAAACGAAUACGCGGUUACGUGAAGAAAAAGGGAUCACAUCAGAAAACCAGGCAUAUGAAAUAGAUCCCAUCACGAAUCGAAGAGUGUACAAGAAUUCCACAGCACAUGAAACGGAAAAUUUCCGCAAGUCAAUCCAUGUUCCAGUGAAGACAUUCAAAGGCUAUCGGUUCCAUUUCCAAGACUUCAACCCUCCUUGGGAUAAUGCAACAAAACCAAGAUUGGCCGCCGAGAAGUCUGCUCCUUCCAAGAAUGCUCAGAACUCAAAUGACUUCCGCUCAAUCAAUCUUGAAUCACAGAACGCUCAGGUAAACAAAGCAAGAAUUAGACCUACUCCUUCCACAAAUCUAAGAUCCAGCCAAAGAACCACAACAACUCAACUUAGCGAUGAUGGGUAUGGAAUCUAUGACGCCAAAGUCUCCUACAACAAACCUUUUAUGGCAUAUGAGCCCGAUGGACAGAUCGAACCUAAUCUAAAAUCCAGCCGAAAAGGCACAGCAACCGAGGUCAACGACGAUGGGUAUGGAAUCUAUGACGCCAAAGUUUCUUAUAACGAACCUUUCAUGGCGUAUGAGCCUGACGGACAGGUCGAAACCCACGACAAGCCCGACAGGCCAAGAUCCCAUGAUGAAGUCUCUAAGGUCACGCAAAAGAUCAAACGGCCCUUCAAUGGCAGGACGUCUUCUCCGAAAGCAGUUUUGGACCAGAUGCUUUUCAAAUUUGAUAAAGAAGUUGCUCAGUCUGCCCAACCGCAAACCUCCGUUUCAUCAAAAUCGACAAGAGAAGCGAGCGAUUAUGGUUAUGGUAUCUAUGAUUCAAAGGUAUCCUACGACCAGCCUUUCAUGGCAUAUGAGCCUGAUGGGCAGAUGCCUCACGAGGAGAUGCAGGACCCCGUCGAAAAAUGUCUAAACGAUUAUGAUUCCCGUCAUCCAUAUGGAGCAGUAUAUCACAACGAACCUGAUGGACAACCUUGUGAAAAUAUCAAAGAUGCUAUGGCAGCUUAUGACAAGGAACAUCCCUACGGUCCAGUUUAUCAUAACGAACCAGAUGGUAAUAUUCAACCACGAGAUCCUGUCGCUGAGGGCCUUCGCGAUUAUGACAGUCGAAUUUCUUACAGCCCUCGACCUUCCGCUCAACAAACCAAAUACCAAAAGCUGUUCCGCUAUAUUGAAGAACCGGAACCAGUCGCUCGCUCAUCUUUAGAAGAAGCAAAGGCAGAGCCAAAUGCAGCAGAUAUUCGGGAGAUUUAUCGACAUCCCGGUUUCAAGGCUCGCAACCUUGAUAAGAAUUCGACUGGAAAUUCCAACCGGAAGGGAAAAGUCUCCAGCAAAAGCUCAGAUCCGGAAGGGAAACGAACACCAUCCCCAGCACCUGAAAAGAAGUUGACUGGGAAUUUUGUCCGGGACUUUCCGGAAGAAUCUUCUGUCAGAUGGGACAGUGGAAUGUCUGGAACUGCAUCUCUGCUUCCAGAAAAACUCAACUAUGAGGGGAUUGAAAGUGACAAAGCAAAUGCUGACAAGCAAACCAUUUCGGGGGGAGCUUCGCAAGAGCUGUUCUCAAGGAUACCGAACACUCCUAGAUUGGAAACAUCGUUGGAACGUAAUUCAACCACCAAAUUAGCGGCUACGACCACUCGCAAUCAAGAAAAUCCAGAUCUAAAAUCUAGUAUGCAAGGCGAAGGAGACUUGUCAACAUCAAUUUCCUCAUGCCUCAAAUCGGCGGCAGAGGCGGCAUCAAGCAAUCCGUCUCUGAAGGGAAACAAGGAGUCGAUAGAACCCUCAUCAAUGAAGCCGUCUUCCAAAACAAAUUCUGAUGCAGCAGAUAAUACCGCUACCGCUCCUUCAUCACCCCUUACCCAAGAUGAGGUGCAAAGGACUUUGGAGGAAAUAUUUCACAAAGUAUCAUUUGAAUACAAAGUGCUUGCCUAUGAUCCAGCAACCCAAAUGGUUGCUGUUGGAGACACGACUUCAAAAGGGAAUGUCAUGUCGCAACCACUUAACAUUGCUGAAGUUAUUCCACGGCUUUCUCAGCCCGCCAGAUUCUUUCCAUACUUCGAGAAGCUCGCUAUGGAGGGGUAUGACAUCGACUCCGGUUCUGGAGACGUUCUUAUCUUCCGCAAAGUCCGCCCAUCUAUCAUACCUCAGCGUGAGAAACAUCUACUCAGGAAUCCGAUUGAUGGCAUGGGGCCUUUUCCUGCGACCGGCAAUUUCGCUUCUCCCACUGGGUUUGUAAACUACGAUUCCUAUGACGGAGCAAGUGACAAUAAGUGGAAUGACGUCCAGAAUGAUCGUGUACAAGAACCUGUUAGUGGGAAGAAAAAUUGGGAGGAGGAGGCAUUUCAGGGCAAAAAGAAGAAGAGUAAGGGAAGGAAAUUGCUGAUUGGAGCUGCGUCGAUUGGGGCUUGCACUUAUGCUGUUGGGGUCGUUGCCGAAUAUUUUCGGAGUGGUGGGCUUAAUGGAAGGGGACCGGUAGGCCUCUAG